AAACAAGCAGCAGUUAACACCCAUCAUUCCACGAUGAUCUCUCAGCGAAAGAUGCCCUAAUUUUGUGCUUCAGUUUUCAUCGAUCGGUGAUUCUAAUGAUGGCACUUGAAGCAUCCGAGUUCGCACCGGAAGAUAUUAUCAGCACCAUGCCAGAUAGCGUGGUAACCAAUAUUCUGCAACGAUUGCCAUUACAAGAUGCAGUGAGGACCGGUAUCCUGUCGAGAAACUGGAGGUUUAAAUGGACUAUGCUUACCCAACUCAUAUUCGAUACGAACUUCUUUGCGCAUUUAAUAGAAAGAAGAGGCGAAAAUACUUUCGGGAUGAUUAUAAGUAGACUUCUUCUUCAUCUUAAUAGCACCAUGACAAAGUCCGUCCUUGUCCUCACCCUAUUGGACGUUGUAGAUAUUCAUCACUUGAUUUUGUUCUUGUCGGAAAAAGGAAUUAAGGACCUCACUCUUACAAGUUGGUGUAAACCACAAGUGAAGUUGCCUACCCAUCUUUUCUCUAGUUUAGAGUUGAAACAUUUGAAUAUUUCCGGCUGUUGUUUCAAUCCUCCACCUAGUUUUCGUGGUUUUCCGAACCUGUUGAGCUUAGAGUUAUGUAACGUACAAUUUGGAGGCGACCUUGGGGAGUUUCUUGCUCAGUGUCCCUUACUCGAGAGUUUGGACCUCGGUUAUCUUUCUUACUCAGGCAACUUGAAACCAGCUGAGAUUGCAAAAUUUGAAAAUCUCAAAAUAUUAUCUUUGUCAUUGUGUCAUCUUGAGACUACGACGACCACAAGUUCUUGUGACAUCUUUGAGCUUUUGCGUUAUCUUCCAAAACUUCAAGAGCUUGGUUUGGAUUUCCAUGACUACACGUUGAUAGAAGGCGGUGCUAGAAAGAAGUUCCCCACUGCGUUUCCCUCCCUCAAGGCUAUUAAAUUAACAAGAAUACGUUUUAGCAAUGGUGUUGUGUUAUCGUUUGCUUUAGAAACGAUCAGACACUUCUCAAAUUUGCAGACCCUUGAAAUCACAGGAAUUAUGCAUCUUGUUGAUGACCCAGUUCCAGUUUUAAUUCCGAUUCCGGAGGUAGAAUACAACACGAUGGAGCUUCGGAGUGUGGUGUUCAACGAUUUUAAAGGUUCAGAGAAUGAAGUAUAUUUGCUAAAGUAUUUCCUUGCGUGUUCUCCGUCCCUGAAAAAGAUUGUUAUUCAUCCUGACUGGAGUCUAGCGCUUGGUGAACAGUUCAUGUUGGCUAAGAAGUUGUUGAAGCUCCAUCGCGCUUCCCCGAUAGCUGAAAUCCAUUUUGAUUAGUUUUUGUAGUUUUGAACUUCUCUUUUAUGGUUCCAUUGUAUAAUCUGAUCUUCGAAAACGGAAUGAAUUGUAACAGAUUCCUAUUGAUAGUUGAAUCAUUUGCUUAUUUAGCUAGGAAUUCUUUGGAUGUGUUCGUUACACUUCAUGUACUCGUGUGGGCUCGGAUGAUUUCGAUACUUGGUGUACUCGUGUUUGUAGUAGUUAUGUUA